GAGUCGGGUUGGUUUUCAUUCGUAUUUGCGUGGGCGAUUUGUGUUCUAGUGUGAUCAUUGAUCCAUUGUUACAAACGAUCCCGUUAGUUGUGCACUAUUUACAACCGGUGGAACUAUUUUAACGCAAACAGCGACAUCCUCAUUUGCUGACAAUAAUUUACCGAGCCUCGCAUGAUCGACCUUUGAGCCGAGCAAUUCCGCUACCCAGAGAAAGAAUAAUCAGUGCGAUACGAUUAUCGUAAUUUCCUCAUGCGAUUACUCUCUGCCGUCGACGUGAGUGCGUCUUCCAUCAACCGCGAACCGAGUCGAGCAACAACUCAGUAACAUCGCGAAAACGGUACCGCUUUUUUGCAAUCGCCCAAGAAAACAUUAUCAGCAAACAGCGCGAGGAAAGAAAGAGAACAUAAGUACAAGUCAAGCCGUCAUGUUUUCGCUUGCUACUUGAUAGCAUUAACUAGGCAUCAUUGUUUACGAUUCAGAGCCAGCCAGCAGAGGGACGCCAAACCGGUCUCAGUGAAAUUCUCGAACAAAAAAUAAAAAACAGUCGAGAGAGAAUCAAAACGAGCCGGACUGAGAAGCUGAGCAUUGUACGGGAUGAGGAGAGCAGUCAUCAUAGUCAAAGCAACUAGUCUGUCGUCAGCGGUCGGAACGCUCAGAAUGUACCUGUCGUUUCGACGGCGACUGUUCAAGAGUAGUUUCGUGUGAGAAUGCCUCAAUAAAGCUCUUGAUUUCCUUUUACGGGACAAAGGAAACGCUUGCUUAAAAGAAUUAAAAAUAUACAACCAAGAAGUCGUCGCCGCGGAAGUGGCACAAAAAGCGAGCCAUUCAGCCAGUGAUAUAACAACACAAAGGGGAUAGCUCCGAUCAUUUAGUAGAUCAAGAGUGCAUGCUUUGAAUGUGUACGACGACGUAGGAGAGGUAUAAAUAAAAAUACUUCAUCUGAAAGCCACCACCCGCAUACGAAUAACUCGAAAGCUAGUAGUGAAUAGUUUUUAAUCAACGCUCGCUGAUAGGGAAAUUUCGCUGCGUGAAAGUGUUCCGUGUGUUAUACUGCUUUGAUAGUACCUAAUAGUCAACAACGGAACAGCUGAGGCUGAGGUGAGCGAAAAGAGAAGAAGCCGACAAAAACAACUCCCCGGGUGCGCAAAAAUAUCAACGACGAAAGUUUGUGCUCUCUUUGAUUUGGUGUGUCAAGCAACUUAGUACAAAAACGCACGAUGGCACUGAUUGACAUCGAUCUGAUCACCAGCACCCUGUUCAAGACGUUCGUUAUUCCGGGGAUCAUAACGACACUGUGGCUGUCGGAUUUAAUCUGUUUGACGACGUGCAAAAUCAGCAUCCUGGUGUUUGUGAUUAUCUUCAUCGUGCUGCCGUUGAUAUUCAAGUUUUCCUUUGCCCUGCAGAAAAGCAUUCUGUUUCUCACGUUCAUAACCUACCCACCAAACCUAGAUCUCAAGAAACCGGAGAAGAGUGGGCUGUGUGCUACGCGGAAUCUCUACGUCACCUAUCGGGACCAGGAGGAGGAUAUCGAUGUCGACGUCGCGGUGUGGCACGUGCUUCCUAAUGAUCUCGUCCGACGGUUCGGGAAGGAACUGCAAAUUGAUGAGGCCACUCUAUCCAACAUGACGGCCCCGGAGGACGUGCGCGACAAAGUGGACAAGCUUGCCGAAAAUGACUCAUCCAAGUAUGGUAAUUUGGAGCGAAUUCUUCACCGCUCGAACCUGAACCUGGCGGAUGAAGCCACCCAGAAGGAACUGUUCGAAGAGACCCUCCGGGCCACCACCAAUGACAUUGUGCUGUACCUGCACGGGAACACCGCAUCGCGGGGUGCUUCCCAUCGAGUGGAAUUGUACAAACUGCUCCGCAGUCUCAACUACCACGUGGUGGCAUUGGACUACCGGGGCUACGGCGAUUCGGCCGACAUUUCACCCACGGAGCGGGGAGUCGUGUACGAUGCGCUGGCCGUUUAUCAGUAUAUCACUAGUAUUAGUAAGAACCCGGUCUACCUGUGGGGCCACUCGCUGGGGACCGGAGUGGCCACGCAUUUGCUGUCGCUACUGACCGAUAUGAGCUUGCCCGGACCGAGGGCUGUCGUGCUGGAGAGUCCGUUCAACAAUAUUCGGGAGGAGAUUUGCGCGCAUCCAUUUUCUAAGUUAUAUCGGCACCUCCCGUGGUUCGACUACACAAUUUCCCGUCCCAUGUACGCCAACGAACUGCGAUUCGAGUCAGAUCAACACAUUGCUGAAUUCAGACAACCGGUGCUGAUGUUACACGCCGAGGAUGAUCAUGUGGUUCCGUUCAGCUUAGGUUAUAAGCUCUACCGCACCGCCCUGGACACCCGCGGCAAAUCGUGGGGCCCAAUCGAGUUCCAUCGGUUCGAGAAAACGAGCCACUACGGCCACCGGUACAUCUGCCGGGCCCCGAACCUGCCGGAGAUUGUGGUCCGCUUCUUCCGCACCUAUCGCGACGAGCAGUACUGAGCGCAGUUUGUAAGAAAAUAAGCCAGGGUAAGUGCCAAACCAAUUCUGCUAGGGGCGAAAGCAAAACUAAAAUGGGAGGAAAACACUUGUGAUUCUUUUUAUCGAAAUGAUAACUACAAUAAUAUAACUAAUAAUAAUGGGUAGGUUAAUUGAGAGACUAAUAGACGUCCGCACUGCUGCGCUGCGCGGCAGAUUGGAUCAGAUGUUUUCCUUGUUUAACGGUAGGUCACACACUGCCCCUUGGAAGAUGAAGGCGGCGGGGUCUUGGGGAUUAUUUUAGACGGCUGACAUUUUAUAAAUUGUAAAUGUAAUCCUUUUUUUUUUCGAUAGAUUUUAUCGGCUAGUAGGGUAGGACAAACUGGAAUUAAAUUCAAUGUAGAUCAGUCAAUCGAGCUAUGCGCAUUGGUGAUACUCGAAUAUUAGGGCGUUACCAAAUUGUGAGACUCGUGAAUCGAGGUUAGAGAAGUAAUGAACCUUUUUAGAUAGACUUUUGCAUGAUAUCCGUACCAAUAUUACUGUACUUUCCACUUUAGGAUAUCCAUCUCUGGGUAGAAACAAAUACAAUUUUACUA